GGGCCUCCCGCAGGGCCCGGAGGUGGCGGGGGAGGGAGACGACCGGGGAGGGCCCUCGCUGCUCCAUGUCGAUCCCCUCCUGCGGGAAAUAUGAUCAGCGCCCCUGACGUGGUGGCCUUCACCAGAGAAGAGGAGCUGGAGGAUGAGCUGUGCAGCGAGCCGCCCCUGCCCGAGGAGUACUCGGUGCCGCUCUUCCCCUUUGCCAGCCACGGCGCCAACCCCUGGGCCAAGGUCGCCGGCUCCAAGUUCACCCGGGACUUCAUCCUCAUCUCCGAGUUCUCGGAGCAAGUGGGGCCCCAGCCCCUCCUGACCAUCCCCGAUGACGCCAAAGUGUCGGGCACUUUCGAUCUCAAUUAUUUUUCCCUUCGGAUCAUGUCUGUGGAUUACCAGGCUUCCUUUGUGGGGCACCCUCCCGGCUCUGCCUACCCGAAGCUGAACUUUGUGGAGGAUUCCAAAGUGGUGCUGGGGGACUCGAAGGAAGGGGCCUUUGCGUACGUGCACCACUUGACUCUCUACGACCUCGAAGCCAGGGGUUUUGUGAGGCCCUUCUGCAUGGCCUAUAUUUCUGCUGACGAGCACAAAAUCAUGCAGCAGUUUCAGGAACUCUCUGCAGAGUUCUCCAAAGCCUCCGAAUGCCUAAAGACAGGGAACAGGAAAGCUUUUGCUAACGAACUGGAAAAGAAACUGAAAGAUCUCGACUACACCAGGACUGUCCUGCACAACGAAACCGAGAUACAGAAGAAAGCCAAUGACAAAGGGUAUUACACGACCCAAGCCAUCGAGAAGGCCAACGAGCUGGCCAGUGUGGAAAAGUCUAUCAUUGAGCACCAAGAUCUGCUGAAACAAAUCAGGUCGUAUCCCUACAGGAAGCUGAAGGAGUCUGACUUCCACCCCUACGAGCCGGAGUGUGCGCUGGACCAGGCCAACACAGGCUGCGAUCAGGACCUGACUACCUCCGACCUUGCUGAGCCUGGUGAAACGCACCUUUAUGCCCACGUGCCCUCCUAUACCCCCAAGCUUAUCAAAGCAAAGUCUGCCAAAUGCUUUGACAAGAAGCUGAAGACGCUGGAGGAACUCUGUGAUAUUUAUUUUUUCACCCAAACUCUUGACCAGUUGCACCAGAUCGAGAGGACUUUCAGAGGUGACGUGUGCUACCUCCUGACAGACCAGAUCAGCAGGGCACUCUUAAAGCAACAAAGUGUAACUAACUUCCUCUUUGAGGAUGUAUCUUUUCUGGAUGAAAAGCCACCUGAAAAACAGUACAGAGGCUGCCAGGGGCUCAGUCAAGAUGCUGUUGACAGAAAGUGUUUGGAAGAGUCCCCCGCUCCUAAAGUGGUCAUCAGCCUGGGAUCCUACAAGUCCAGUGUGGAGUGUGUGCCCAUCAAGAUGGAGCAGGAAAUCGAGGACUCCCAAGAACCCAAAAUGACUGACUCCGUCACAUUCGAACACCAGGAGAAUCUGGACUAUCUCGAUGCAGAUAUUAAAGGCAGCAUCAGUAGCGGUGAGAGCAUCGAGGUUCUUGGAACGGAGAAGUCUGCGUCUGGCUUGACAAAAUCAGAGAGUCAGGCCAGCUUGCCUGUCAGCCCCAGUCCCCAGGUGGGCAGGAGCAAGGUGGGCAGCCGGCGGACUGUCAGCGAGGACAGCAUCGAGGUUCUCAGCACGUGUCCCUCUGAGUCGCUCAUCCCAGAAGAUUUCAAAGCGAGCUACCCAAGUGCCAUUAACGAGGAACCUUACAUGGACGAUGAAGAGGGAGGCCUUCGUUUCAUCCCCAAACUAAACCUGGACAAUACUGACGAGCAGGAAGACGUUUCAAAACAGGAAAACUUAGUGCAGGUUGAUUCUGCCUGUUGUAUCGGGAAGGAGAGUCCCAACUUCCUCGAGCCUCUGCCUGACCUGGGACAGAAGCCCUGCGACGAGGACGGGGUGGUCAGGAUCCCCCCGCAGCCAUACCGGCAGGCCGAGCAGGGGCUGCACGGAAGCUUUGGGGGCUUCCCCUCCCACAACGGCAUCUCAGGGGGGCUCCUUCCCUAUGAGCUCGACUCGCGCUACCUGACGGGCAACAGGGAGGUCAGUAAAAGCAGCCUGGAUGAAUGCUCGGACUCCAUGAGCUAUAUCAGCAGCGCUGCCUCCACGUGCUCUGACAGGACCCCUUCUCCCGCUCACCCCGCUUGUCAGGCAAGUGAAAGGCACAAAAAAAAGGCUGGCCAGAAUGCACUGCGGUUCAUCAGGCAGUACCCCUUCGCUCACCCCGCCAUCUACUCCCUACUCAGCGGGAGGACCCUGAUCGUGCUGGGGGAAGAGGAAGCGAUAGUCAAGAAGCUUGUGACGGCGCUCUCCAUCUUUGUGCCAAACUGCGGCAUUUAUGCCAAGCCCGUGAAGCACUGGGUCACUUCCCCUUUGCACGUUGUGGAUUUCCAGAAGUGGAAGCUGAUCGGGCUCCAGAGGAUGGUGUCGCCUGCUGGGGUGAACGUGCUGCACGCCCUGAGCCGAUACAGCCGGUAUGUCAGCAUUCUGGACGCCGACAGUAAGACUCUCCGCUGCCCGCUUUACAAAGGCACCUUGGUGUCCCGGCUGGCAGACCACCGCACGCAGAUCAAACGAGGAAGCACCUACUAUAUGCACGUCCAAAGUAUCCUCACCCAGCUGUGUUCAAAAGCCUUCCUCUUCACCUUCUGCCAUCAUUUGCACCUUCCCAUCAGUGAAAGGGAACCGGAGGAAUCCGUCGUGAAUCGCAGGAUGAACUUCCUGAAGCUUCAACUCGGCCUUGCCAAUGAAGAUAUCAAAAUUGUACAGUAUUUAGCUGAGCUGCUGAAGCUGCAGUACAUUCAGGAACCCGGCCGGGGGGUGAACCCUCUGCUCAGAUUUGACUAUGUUCCCAGCUUUUUGUACAAAAUCUAGCCUUGCGUGGGCUGUCUGCCUGCGUACUCAGAGUCUGACAAAGCUCAUCCGUGCUUGACAUUGACGCUGUCUGCAGUAGCUCUCAUAACAUCGGGAAGGGGCGAAGAAGACGAUGCGUUUGCAAGCGUCUCUGCUCCACAGAAAUCGGUGUCCAAGGGACCGGAUUUCUGUGUGGUUCCCUGUAGCCAAGAACGUAGAUGUUCCAUCACAUAAAACACCGGGCACUCUGUUUUUAAAUGUUAGAAGGGGCACUAUUAACUUUUAAAGCGUAUCAUGGCAGCAUCCCGGGGGAUUAUGGCAGGGAGAGAGAGGUGGGCUCUCUUGGGGAUCAAUACUUACUAGAGUGCAGCCCCCAAAACAACGCAGUGCUCCGUACACUUCUGCCAGAGCCCCAAAUGCUGUUGGUCCCUUCUGUGGAGCCAGGGCGGAGACCAGAGGGGAGAUGUAAAGGCCACGUGAAGUUUUUUAAUCCACCAGUGUCUCAUGUGAGUGUAGCUCAGAAGCUCCGUGGCAGGGUGGCAGUUCGCAGUUAUCCAUCUGUGCGCAGCGGUAGCGGAUGGUGUGUCCCUUCCUGCAUUUUUCUGAGUUUCCUGACACUUCCCAGGACAGGUUGUCCCUGGGUGGAUGGGAGUGCAGUGGAGACACAUGUGCUUCUCUCCAGAAAGAGUUUGCCAGUUUCCCUCAGCUUUGUUAAAAUCUGGAAUGUGGAAGGACUCCUUAACGCUAGUGAGCACCGAGGUGCCCGCUGCUGUGAAUGUAGAGCACUGUGCCUUUUUAAUUUGUCAUGUCCUGUUUGCUGAGCGACCUCCAACAAGGGUGGGAGGGAGACCGGGAAUCCUCAAAGCGUGUGACAUCAAGGGUGGCCUUUUAAGGAGAGAGGGGAACUGAGGGGUGGGGGCUCAUUUUUAGGUGCUUUUUGUGAUGGGGAAACGAACAGUGCAAUUCAGCUGAAGCUACGCUGUGAGACAGCAGGCUGUUAGAGCAGGCUGCCUGGCUGGUGAGAUACUAGUGCUCAGGAGAGAUUGGGGAUGAAUGUACUGGAUUCGACGUUGUAUCUGUAAAAGUUUUGGGUUUGUUUGUUGGUUUGUUUUUUUUUUUUUGUUGGGGAGCUGACUUUUGUCCUUUAUGGUAAAGCAGGGUCAGCGUCACUGCAUGCUGCUUCUGGCUGAGCCUUUGUCGUGUCUCGACUACCUCUCCCAGGGUGCUCCUGGGUAGCUCUGGACGGGGCAGAACUGCCGCUCUCUGAGCCUGGAUGCUGGGGACUUGCCUUUCAAAGCUUCUACACCGCUGCCUGUGCCGUAAAGGUUGUGCCACUGGCAUGGUGACGCUCCCAGAUUGUUCCUGACAGUGUGGAAAGCUUUGUACCCGAGCACAGUGCUUCCCUCUGGAGUCCCAUAGGAGAUGCUGCUCCUUGGCCACUGGUCCUGGGCUGUGGUCUGCUCUGCCCAGUGCUAUGUGGCGGUAGCAGCCCCCAUGGUACUUCUAAGCAAGAAAAGCCUUGCUAGGAAAUAUCCUUGGUUUUAUUUCUUUUUAGCAUUCUUCUGAUUGUGGGGUGAGAACAGCUGAGAUUGUACAAAAUGAGCUGAUGUGUUGUUUGGUUUGGGUUUUGUUUUGGUUUUUUUUUUUUUUAAACCUCUGUUUAUUGUGAUGAUGUGAGGCAGUGCUGGAGAUGAAUGUAAUGUUCCUUUUGUGCCUGGGGAAGUUUCUGUGUAUGGUCUGGCAUUUGUCAGCGUGGCUUAGACCCCACUGAAACUUGCUGCGAGAAACGCACUGCUCUGAAACCUGUGUCCUGAAGGCAAGGAGGCUCCUUGGGGACGCUGUCGUCUGGCACCAGCACCUGCACUUCGGUACUGCUGCUGCCUCUUUCUCUCCUCUGGAAAGGGCUCUCUGGGGUAGUGCGGGAGAUAUAAACCAGCUGGGCAGGAAGGCUAUUUUAAAUGUUAGUGUUGUUUCUGGUGGCUUACAGUGAGGUCAGCUCAGCCGGGCAAGCUGAGCUCGUGGUAGUCUCCAGAGGGAUUUCCAAGGUCAGGGGUUGCUUGUGAUGGUGUUUUUAGGUCGCAUUUGGGAAGCAGUGUGGUGUCACAUUUGCUGAAGGUGAGCAGUGUGCCUGUGUGCGGGGCUGCACGCCUUUAAAACAUAUUUAAAGGCCUUUUCCUUUCCUAACUGCGCCCUCCUGUUGCAUGUGAACUGGGUCUGCUGGUGAAAGACUUCCAUGUCCAUGGAAAAUGCCUGCUUUCUGAAGUGACUUCAGGUGUCCCCUUGUCGACUGGAGUGCACCCGAACGGCUUCCACACUAAAGCUGAGGCGAGAUUCCCUGGGGGAAAAGGCAUCUCAGUGAGUAAUGCAGGUGACAUCGGGCAGUGGAAAAGCUCCCUGCGUCCUGCCUGACCCGCAGCUCUGGAGAAGCGCUCAGCACGGGAGCUUGUUUCCUGUUGGAAAAUGACCUGAUGCUGUUCGGGUUUGAGGAGGGAGGGACAAACUUUUUUCCUGCUGACUCACUCACAUCUUCCUCCAGGCUGACAGCGCAGAGCAGCGGAGCAGGAUCGAUGAUUAGUGUUGGCUGAUCUCUUAGUCACAGUGGUCUUGACCUGUGUUCAGCUGCACUCAUAAAUUGAUAAAUAACUCCUCCUUGCUCCUUCUAUCAAACCUGUAGUAUCUGAUAUUCAAGGCUGUGUUGAGCAAUACUUGCACUACCACCUGUCUGACCUGCUUCAUCUCUCUGCCACAAAGCAGCUCUGAUUUGGGACGAUGUCCUGGGGGCUUUGCUGGGACGUCUCCCAUUUCAAAACAGGAGCUCCGUGCUAUCCGUAACUCAGCUCUUUAAGCAGGAGCUGUGGGGAAACACACCUUGGAGUGCUUGUCCUCCUAAAGCUGGCUUGUGGUGGGGUAACCUCUGAGCUUGGACUCCAGGAAAGGGGGAAUUACCUCAGGCUCUGGCACCUCGGUGCAGUGGGAGCCCAGCCUGCCCUCGCUGCUUGUGGUGCCCACAAUGGUGGCAGAAAUUGGGGGGGAGUCUGAGUGCAGCUGGUGGUUUGGGAGCUGAAUUCCUCUUUGCUCAGUAAUUUCUCUGUCUGACCUUCUACUCCUGUACAGUAAAGAUCCCUAUAUUGGCACUUUAAGACUUUUUCCUCAUCUUCGCUGUGUUACCUCACUGGUUUCUGAUAUUAGCAGACUUAUAACAAGUUACGAUCUUCGCACUAACAGCUCCCGCAAUGAAUCUUGGCAUGUGUGUUCGUCGGCUUACACCGCACCGCCCGAGCGCCGCGUGCUGCCGUCCAGCCAUCCUUCCACCACAAGCAGGGCAGGUUCCUCGCAGCCGCAGUGCAAUACUCACCAGCCCUCCCGCACCGAACCUCCAGCCGCCAGAACCAGCGGUGCCGUGCAUGACUGUCGCCUGCUUCCGUGAGUGCUGCCAGCAUGCCCCCGCCUCCCGCACGGCCAGCUCUGGCUCCCUCCUCUCUCUGCUGGCUGUCAGGGAGAGGAGGCUUUAAGCCUGACGGAGAAUUCAUCAGAGCAAAAGCCUCCCCUGGCCGUCUGCUGCCUGGUCGGGAGGACAAAGCUCCCUUUUCUUACUCCUCCGCUUCCCUGCCUUGAGAGACUCUGCCUGCCAGCCCCUGCUCUACUCUACACUAGCCCACUGCUUUCAGAUCCCACCCCGAGGAGGGUCAGCCAUAGGAGUAGGCGAUAUUAACCCUACACAGGUUUCAUUUCUCAGAGAAUAGUGCUCGGAUUUACUUUCAUCCAGUAGCAAUCACUUCUAAGCAGCUCCAAAGCUGUCUUGCCUUGACUAGGGAAGUACUGCCUAUACUCUAGCAAUAUUCACCAUUUUGUAAGGGGUGGGAGAGGGGCUUGAGGGGUGAGAGCUUUUUAUUGAGUGGGGGGGGGCCUGAGCCCCCAGUCUGGUGGUGGGUGACAGCCCACACUGUGGAUUCAGCAUCUCAGAGAGCUGGGCAGGACCCGGGGCUUGUCGCAGCACUUCGAAAAGGCUCCUGUAAUAAGGUACGAUGGGAAACUUAGCGAGCUGCCCAGGCUAAAGGAGAGUGCCUGCUCCGCACGGUGCCCCACUAGCACAAUGUCAGAGCAACAGACUGUACCCCGAUAUUGGAGGGGUCACAAAUCCACUGCACGCUGGUCCCCGAGAUGCGUUUUAACUGGAAGGCAGAAACACAGGGUACCCGGUCCCGCUGGCUGCCUCGCUGCCGGCACGGGGAUGGGGCUGGGCUAAGAGCUGCCUCUGAGGGCUGCAAGGAGGCUGUGAUGAAUUCUCAUCUUAUUUUAAAGCACUGUAUCCUAUUACUGCAUGUUGAGUUACGUGUGUGUGCCUGUGCGUGCCGAAUGCUUGCAUCGGUAGUUAGAGCGAGUGUGACCGGGAGAAAUCCAAGAAGCAUGUCUUAGUGUCGUGCUGUAAGUGUUACUGCACAAGAGUUUAACAGAUGUUAACACCAAAUGACUAGUCUGAGAAAUGUACUUUUAAAAAAAAAAUUAUU